AUGCCAAUCACACGAAGUCAAAGCAAGAAAUUCGACACCGCCAAUUUACCGGCAGUUGGACAAAGUACCAUACAGGCUACCGGCGAACCAAUGAUCGAAUGGCUGGUCUUUGAUUAUUCAGAGACGGCAACUGCAAAGCGAGUCAAUUGGAAAGAUCUCCUGAAUGAGGUCCAAGCUGUUGAGGGGUGUGGCUACAUCAAUUUUGCCAAUCCUGUAGAAACUCCACAGAAGCUAUGGAUUAUUAUCCAGUGGUUGUCUGGUUCGCACCGAGAUAAUUUUCACAGAGCAGACACAAUUGCCAGGAAGGCAAAGAACUUCCUCUACCAACAAAGUGAAGAUAUAUACUCUAUUUAUCAAAUCAACUAUCUUUUUGGAGGGAUGAUUUCAGUAAACGACCCUGAACGUAUCCACGAAAUCUGGAUGGUUUAUUUUCCCAUUGAAGCCCUGGGAGCUGAAAAAAGAAAUCAGUCUCAACUGCCACGUCUGAAGAAUAUCUAUGAAAAAUAUGAAAAGCCCCAUGAACCUAUGUCCGGGAUUCUCAGUCAAAAAAUAGCGUGGCUAUCUGGGGAGGUUAUCUACCAGGGAGUGCAAUGUCAACGCCUCGCGUGGUUUAUGGAGUGGAGAUCAAAGGAGGCCGAAGAGCUUUACAAGACAAAAGCACAAUGGGAUUGGGAGGGGGAAGGCAAAAAUCGCAAGCCAAGACUUCUUCUGAAUACUUUUAUUGAUGGCCUGAAGAGCCUUGGAAUGAUUGGGUAUGAGGCAUGGCAUGCUCAAUUUGUAGGAGUCCAAGCGCCGCUCGGUAUUUGGUGCUAA